GCCUGACAGGCUUUACUCGGGGAACAGUGUUAAUCUAUAUUUCCUGAGCUAAUAACAGGCGCCUCGGCUUUGACAGAUAACGUCAACUCGCCGUAAAACACGUACAGUGUGUUAGGAUAACGUUACAAACUGGGCAAAAUGCCUUUCGGGAGAUACAUAGGCCGUUGAUGUGGGUCGUUGUUUAUGUCAGUCAACAGAGUUACCCAGCUACUGGUUUGCUAAAUGCUCAUAGCUAGCUCACAAGCUAAUUCGCUAGCUACAUAGCAUUAGCCAGGUAGCUUUUACUUUGGCUAAAUUGCAACGGUUACUAACAAGUUGUAUGUGAGUGACAGCUGGCUGUUAUUCCGGACAACAUAACUGAAAAAGAAGAAAGGGUAAGAGGAGUUUGGUAUCUCGUAGAGUUAGUGCACCUACAUUAGCAGUGUGUUGUUUUGUUCUGGGUGCGGAGGAGAAAACAACUUCGUUUAACGUUAAUUAAAUCACGUGGUCAUAUCAUCAGCUGAAAUUGACUUUUUUAAUGGUUUUACUUCUGUUUGUGCUGUAAACAAAUACAUGCAAGAAGCUGUGUGUCUCGGGUGUUUGCCUGAUGGUGCUGGGGAUGACGUAAUGUUUUCCUCGCGUCCACCGGUACCUGUAUGCAGGUGACACGGCGCAAAGAGGAGACACUGCACGAGUGAGUCACUGCUAAAGCUUAUCAGCAGGCCAGACGGCCUCCUCGCACAUGAGAUGGACCGGGAUUUGAACGAGAGAUUGAAUUGAAAGUGAAAGUAGCUACCUCAGGUCGGCUAACGGGAACGAGGCGCGGUAUGCCAUGUGUCAGUACGUGAUGAUGGGUGCGGGUCUGUCCCCCCAUUAACAUGGUGAUUCCCGCAGCAGGGAUGGUGCAGCCCCAGCCUGAUGGCCCAAUGCAGUGGGACAUGUCAGGAGAAGAGAGUGGAGGGGCCCUGAGGGUCCCACCAGAGCUGGCUGCCAAUGAAGUGGUGACCAGGUUGCUGGGUGACAACCAGCAGCUCAGAGAGGCCUUGCGGCGGAGCAACCUGGCCUUGCGUCAACGCUGUGAGGAGAUGGAGGGAUGGCAGCGGAGGACAAGAGAGGAACGAGAAUUUCUCAGCUGUCGUUUCCAGGAGGCCAGGGCCCUGGUGGAGAGGCUGGCCCAGGAGAACCACUCCUUGCAAGGCAUGGUGAACGGACCAGCCUCCCACUGCUGCAGCUCCAGCCAGACUGAAGACCUGCAGGGGCGCCCGGCAAAGAACGGACCGCUGGACGGACCACAGACUCUUGAUCAGCGGGAGAGGAAGAGAGUUGAAGAGACGGAUCAACACACACAGACCUUGCCACCUCGCAGCCUGGCUGAUGCAAGUGUGCUUAGCUCCUUGGGUAGCACCUUCCCCUCUCCCCCCACCUCAUUCUCGGAGGUAUGGGGGGAGAUAAUGGGAAGGGAAAAUAGCCAGCCUGUGGAAGGGGCAAACGAGUUCCUCCAGUUGCUGAAGAGCCACAAAGAAAAACUGGAGGAAGGGAUGAGAGAGCUGAGGAGAAAGAACGAAGAGCUGGAGAAGGAGAGGGAUGAGGGAGAGAAAGACAGAGAGCGAAUGCAGCACUGCAUUGACCAGCUGCAGGCCAAGCUGGUCCAGGCCCAGGCACAG